AGCAACAGCAGUAACAGCAGCAGCAGCAGCAACAACACCCACUCCUGCUCUCCUCACUCCAUUCGGCCAAGACAGGCGCGUCUACGGCGACGGCGGCAAAACGAAGAGAACCGUCUGCGGAAGAGAAAAACACGAUAGCGGUGACAGGAAUCCUCUGGAAGAAGGAACAGAAGCGGGAAAACAACAUUGGGAUGUGGGGGCGGAUACGCGGGGACAGUUCUUCUCAUAGUUGUGCUCAAAGGAUCUAGGAGAGGAACAUUAUAGAGAAGGAAAAGGGAUCUCCUGCAGCAGGAGCGCCAACAGAGCCUCCUCGUCACCCUCUGGGGGACACUCCUUUCACAUACUUGGCAUACCCGUCCAACAGAAACAGCGGAGGAGAUACUUAAAAAGCUCGCAGCGAUAGGAAGGGAGGCGCUGUCUGUUUGUUUUGACAGGAGCGCUCAGGAUGGAGGCCCUGCUGCCUGUGGUCAAGAGCCACCCGGGAGCCUCGGUGCUGGUGAUCGCGCUGCUCUUCAGGGCCACGCACCACCUUCUGAGGAGGCUGCCGCUGCCUGAGGUGGUCAAGAAGGAUGAGAUGCGAUGCUGGAAGUGGAGGAACCUCUCGGUGUCCAUGGUGCACUCACUGCUGACUGGAGCAUGGGCCCUCACCUGUGUGUUGGUUUGGCCUGAGACACUGCGCAACAUCCACUCCUACCACACUCCUCUCUCCUACCUGCUGGUCUGCGUCUCAACAGGAUACUUUGUGCAAGAUGCAGCUGACAUCAUCUUUACAGGACAUGCAAGAGGAUCAUGGGAGUUCUUACUCCAUCAUGCACUGGUCAUCUGGUGUUUCCUCUACACGCUCUACACGCAGAUCUACGUCGCCGGAGCCGUCCUCGCUCUCUUUGUAGAAGUCAACAGCGUCACUCUACACAUGCGGCUGAUGCUGAAACUGGCCAAUGCUCAGUCCACCUCCAUCUACCAGUUCAACAAGUUUGCCAACUUCUUCACAUACGUCACCUUUCGACUCAGCACUCAGUUCUAUCUCACCUGGUACAUCAUCCACAACUACUCCUGGCUGGACCACGGUGGAUACUUCCUGGUCACCAUGAUGAUGAUGAAUGUGAUGAUCUCC